UGGAGGUCUUCUACGCCAACCACCAUCCCAGGCGACGUGUACUACGCCUCUACUCGCAUCUGUUCCGCUUUGCGCUCCCCAGGCGCUCCCUUAAAUUUUUCGCUAUCCCUCACAUCUUCCACCAUGGAUAUAGGACAGCAGACACCAACGCCACCUCCAACAACAAAUAUAUGGUACAGUGAUAACCAUCAGGAUCCUGGAAUUUGAGCUAUUACGCUCUCCGCCGCUCACUCAAUCUACAACCCUGACAGAGGCUGAAUGUCAUGCGGGACGAUGUGUUAUUAUGUUUUAGUUUGAGACCUGGGCAACAUUCCAGUUUCCUUUGAUCUAUAGGGGUGGUCUUGAACCUACUCACCUGACGGGCCGUAAGUUACGGCCACACCGGACCCCGUAUUAAAGCAAAAGCCCACCCAUCUCUACUAUCAUGGUACCGCCUCACCUCAAAAUAUGCUCCCCCAGUACUAAAUGAUCCAGGACGGGUAACUGAGGCUCCUAUAGGCACAUUCACCGGAUUUACGAGACCAUGUAUCAACAUGACCCGGCCGUCCUACUGGGAUGACAGCCCUCUACAUCUCUACGUACCCUGCCAGCACUCCCUAUAUUCCACCUCCUGCCCAUCCCACAUCGCUGAGACCCUUCGCUCAACCGAACCUUGACCAACGGAAAGACGAUGAUCACCGGCUCAUUGUCAACGAGCGAUAUUCUCACUCCUUCCUUGCGGCCAGAUUGAAGGUUUUUAUCGGUUUUCUCGCCCUUAGAAGUAAUGCGUAAUAAUAAUUGGCCCACGGCGAUUUUGGAUUCGACUGUUGUAACAAACCGAUAACAACCAGUCGAGAAAGGAAAGCACUGAGUCUUUUCAUCCUGAUAUUUGGCAGCAGCGUGAUUCAGAAUGAAAGUAUGGAUGGUUUUUUAGGCUGCAGGAAAUUGUGGUUGGCGACAUUAUUUGCACCAGUGCGCAGCAUGUAGACUACGGAAUCUGUACCAGGUGGUCCCCGUAAUGCCUACCUUUUCCUUAAUUACAAUUCGUGUAUCUAACGACCUAGUCUAAUCAAAGAAAUAAU